GCUGAGUAGGAGACGUCCGUCCAGCAGCUUGACACUGCACACCACGGUUUUUUUCCCCAGCUUCAUUAGGGAAAUCUGCAGAGAUGAUCAUGAGGGGUCUGGUGUUUCUGCUGCUGCUGGCUGUGAGCAGCGCCAAAGUGUUUGAGCGCUGCGAAUGGGCCCGAGUGCUGAAGAGUCACGGGAUGGACGGAUACCAAGGUGUCAGUCUGGCUGACUGGGUGUGCCUGUCUCAGUGGGAGUCCAGCUAUAACACCAGAGCCACCAACACCAACAGCAACGGCUCCACAGACUACGGCAUCUUCCAGAUCAACAGCUACUACUGGUGCCAGAAGUCGGACGGCUCAUUUUCACACAACGCCUGCAACAUCAGCUGCAACCAGCUUCUGACUGACGACGUUACCGCGGCGAUCACCUGUGCCAAGCGUGUGGUGAGGGAUCCUAAUGGCAUCAGAGCCUGGAUGGCCUGGAUAAGUCGCUGUGAGAACCGGGACCUGAGCUCCUAUGUGGCUGGAUGUGGUGUGUGAUCAGCUCCUGGAGGCCCAGCACCCUCAUGCUUAA